AUGUCACAAAAAAAGGAUCCGGCUUGGGCGUAUGGAACUCCUAUGGGUAGUAACACAAAAGUUAAAUGUAGCUUUUGUGAUGUGACAUACAAUGGCGGAAUAUUUCGUCACAAAAAGCAUCUUAUCGGUGGCUAUAGAGAUGUUAAAGUAUGCCCGAACGUCCCGGAUAAAGUGAAGGAAGAGAUCAAAGAAUAUUUGUUGAAGAAAAAUGAGUUUAAAAUUCAAAUGAACCAUGAAGCAUCCAUGGUUAAUCUUGUUGAUAAUGAUGAAAUGGAUGAUGAUGAAGUUGAAGUUAAUAUGCCAAUGGGGCCUCCCUCAAAGCAUCAAAGGAUGCCUUCAAGUAGUGGGAGUGGGUCUUCCAUCAAUAGCACUAUCAAGGGUCCUAUGAAUCUCUAUUUCUCGCAAAAACCAAACGAAAAGAGAAAAGGUGGACCUAUUGACUUAGAAUCUUCUAGAAAGAUUUUGAGGGAUCGUGCUGUAUCUGCUUUUGCUAGGUGGAUGUAUGAUGCAGGGCUUCCUUUCAAUUGUGUUAAUUACACAGAGAGUUUUGGUGAAUUCAUUGAGGCAGUUGGCCAAUAUGGCCCUGGAAUGAAGCCCCCCACCUAUCAUGAGGUAAGAGUUCCUUUUCUAAAAAAGGAGGUGGAAAAGACAAACAAGAUAGUAGAAGAACAUAAGGUUCAAUGGAAAACAUAUGGUUGUUCCAUUAUGAUGGAUAAAUGGACAGCAAGGAAUGGAAAAAUGGUCAUUAAUGUUUUGGUGAAUUCUCCAAGAGGGAGUGUGUUUCUUGAAUCUUAUGAUGCUAGUGACUCUUCUACCGAUUCUAAUAAGAUGUUUAACUUGUUUGAGAAGACUAUCAUGAAGAUAGGCAAGGAAAAUGUGGUACAAGUUGUGACUGAUAAUGCAAGUGAGAACAAAAAAGCGGGUAACAUGUUGAAGGGAGUGUUCCCACAUAUUUUUUGGACUCCUUGUGCUGCUCACUGUAUCAACUUGAUGUUUGGUGACAUUUUCAAAGAAGCCCCGUAUUCUACAGGUGAACUUGAGUCUUGA